AUGUCCCAUCUCUAUAAAAACUUGACACUUGAUUCAUCAGAUUCUGAUGAAGAUAGUGUCUAUGAAUCUGCGGUAGAAGAUGUCUUGGAUAAUGUGAAUUCAAAUGUCCAACUAAAAAAGAGAUCUGAGAAAAAUGAGAAGCCAAAAGCAAAAGCAAGAAGAGGACGCCCAUUCAGAGUUGGAAUGUCGAAUAGAGAACGUAUACAGCCUAGUAUUCCAAAGCCUAUCACUAGAGUAGAACCCCUAGAAGAAUCAGAACCUCUCAAGUUCUCGUUCUUUUCCGAAAAAACGGGCGGAACCAUACUCUCGGCCAGCGACGUUGGCUUCUCAGAUUCAGAAGAGUCAUAUGAUUAUCCAACCAAUUCUUCAACAACUAAACCAGACAAACACAAAAGCAUCAUUUUCAAUAUUAAACAGGAACAAAAAGAAGAACACAAACAAGAGAAAGACGAAGAAUACGAACUUGAAGAAAGCGAUAAUGAUGUUGAAAAAUCUAUCAAGAACAAACCACUCUCUUCUGAGUCCAAGAGACGGCGCUCAACCACUCCAACUGGAAACCUUAUGUACCUCGAUGCUCAAGACCCAAAAAAAAGAAUACGAGAGGAUAAUCAAUUACCAAUACCAGUGCCUUAUAAUCCAGAAAUUUCUGAGAACACGUCUAAUGAUAGCUCUAAGUUGUCAACAAAACUUUUAUCCCAAACAUCUAUAGGUGAAUCCUCAGAUUCUAAUAUAACAUCAAAUCAUCCUACAUCAUCAAACCUAUCGUCUAAUUCUCGUUCUCUGCCAGCCUCUUUUUUAUCUGGUGCAAAGAAAACAAUCAAAGUUCCCUCAAAGCAUUCCUUUUAUAGCGAUGAUGAAGAUGUUGAACUUAAAGAAAUAGAUUUAUUUCCAAUGAGAUCCACACCUUCAGAUGCUUGCAAAGUUCUAUCUCGGCGUUCUAUGGAUUCUUCAGGAUAUCGAGCCUUUUGGACCCCUGAGGAGGAAAUUGCCUUGGAAGAGGGCUUGAAAAUACAUGGGGCAGGAAAUUGGGUGGAGAUAAAGGCCGAGUUUCCAGAAGCUUUACUCAAUCGAAACCCCACGCAACUCAAGGAUAAGGUUCGAACUGAACAUCUGAAGAGGAAACGCUUGGGUCUUCCUUUAGGAAUCUAUAAAGCCACGGGACGCAAGAAACAAUAA